AUGACCACCUUCUCCGUCUCCAUCUUCCUCCCUCUCCCUCCUGCCACUCAUGAAAAGAGGCCACCAAUUCUAAAAUCUUCAAAACAAUAUGUAACACCUCACAUUACAAAUUUUGGUGAAAUGAAGCAUUACUUGUGUGGCUGCUAUGCAGCUUUCAACAAUGUAGCAAUCACAUUUCCUGUUCAGGUCCUUUUUCGGCAACAGCUAUGUGGCAUCAAAACCUGGGAUGCUAUACUUCAGUUGAGGAGGGAUGGAUUUCGAAACUUAUGUCAUGGAAAGCUUCAUCCGUUAAUGCAAAAAACAACCACACUGGCACUUAUGUUUGGUCUGUAUGAGGAUUUAUCCUGCCUUCUCCGCAAGCAUGUCAGUGCUCCGGAGUUUGCAACCCACAGCAUGGCAGCAAUACUGGCAGGGACAACAGAAGCAAUUUUCACUCCAUUAGAAAGAGUUCAGACAUUGCUUCAAGACCACAAGCAUCAUGAUAAAUUUACAAACACUUAUCAGGCUUUCAAGGCCCUAAAAUACCACGGAAUUAGAGAAUAUUAUCAAGGCUUGGUGCCCAUUCUUUUCCACAAUGGACUCAGCAAUGUCUCUCUUUUUUUUUUUUUUGGCCUUCGAGGUCCCAUUAAGACGUUGCAUCUGCCUACUGCAAUGUCUCACAGUGCUAAUUUGCUCAACAAUUUUAUCUGUGGAGGUCUUUUGGGUGCCAUGUUGGGAUUCUUGUUUUUUCCAGUUAAUGUUGUAAAAACUCGUAUACAGACUCAGACUGGUGGGGAAUUUCAGUCUUUCCCCAAGGUUUUCAAAAAAAUCUGGCUAGAACGGGACAGGAAAGUGACAAAUCUUUUCGGGGGUGCCCAUCUGAAUUACCAUUGGUCCCUCAUCUCUUGGGGCAUAAUCAAUGCGACUUAUGAGUUCUUGUUAAGAUUAUAUGAAAAAAAUCAUCAGUUAAGUGCCACUUAUCAACUGAAUGCCUAAGAAGAAUGUAGUUUGGCCUCUUUCCUAAUUGGCCAACUACAAGCUAGUGUCUUAAGUCCAGGCCACAGUGAGUUAUGGGCAAAGCUGUUUUCCUUAAGCAUCAACAAAAACAGAAUAAAAGGUUUCAGUGGGAAAGUUUAAGGGUUUUUUUGUUUUGCUUUUUUAAAAUCAUUAUCCAAGAACUGUAGGCCAAUUACUUGCUAAAUAGCUGUCCAUCUGAUGGCUUUUGAUAGGGAACCUAAUACCCAAGAUAUGAUUCCUUUUCUCAAAACAGUCUAAACCUUCUGUAUUGGAACAUAAAUGGCCAGGACCAGCCAGGGAAAAGGCCCCUAAGCCCCAGGAUUUCUCAAGCUUACUUUACUCUAUGUCUUGCUUCUCUGCUCUCAGUAGUUACAAUGGAUAGUCUUCAUUAAACUCAAGCAUAUGACAAAGGGGCAGAACUCAAGAGAAACAGUUUACGAGGUAUAGACUUCUCAUGAUAAACUGCUUGUAC